AUGUCGGUAUGUUCAUUACUUUCUCGUUCUACUAUCCAAAUGGCAUCUGGGUACGCCCUUUCAUCCCUUAUCUCCCUACGCUGCUUUACGAUACACCCUGAUUGUAUCAACGCAUACGAGAAGCUACGGCUUGGAAAGGGAGCUGGCAGAACAAAAUACAUCAUCUUCAAGAUCUCUGACAACAAGAAAGAGGUUGUGGUCGAUGAAACCUCCACCAACGACGACUACGAAGCCUUCCGUGAGAAACUAGUUUCCUCCAAGGACUCCAAUGGAAGACCUGCCCCAAGAUAUGCCGCAUACGAUGUUGAGUUCCAGCUUGAGGCAGGUGAAGGAUGGCGACAGAAGAUUGUUUUCAUUUCCUGGGUCCCCCGUGAAACCCCAGUCCUGUGGUCCAUGAUCUACGCUACCACUAGACAAACGCUCAAGGAUGCUCUUCACCCACACGUCAGUAUCCAGGCUGACGACCCAUCUGAAGUCGAAUGGGCUCAUGUCCUGGCCGAGGCUGGCGGCAAGAAUGCUACUUCCAAGUAG